AUGCCAAGCACCAUCUCCCAGCCACAUCACCCCAGCCCCAUCACCCUAGUCACAUCACCCCAGCCCCAUCAACCUAGCCCCAUCAACCUAGCCCCAUCACCCCAACCAGAUCAUCCCAGCCCCAUCAACCUAGCCCCAUCACCCCAACCACAUCACCCCAGCCCCAUCAUCCCAGCCCCAUCACCCCAAUCCCAUCACCCCAACCCCAUCACCCCAGCCCCAUCACCCCAGCCCCAUCAUCCCAGUCAAGCCCCAUCUCCCAAGCCCCAUCACCCCAUCACCCCAGCCCCAUCACCCCAUCACCCAGCCCCCCAUCACCCCAGCCCCAUCACCCCAACCAGAUCAUCCCAGCCCCAUCACCCCAACCAGAUGAUCCCAACCAGAUCACCCCAGUCCCAUCACCCCAGCCCCAUUAACCCAGCCCCAUCACCCCCCAGAACCAGAUCACCCCAGCCCCAUCAGCCCAGCCCCAUCUCCCCAGGCCCAUCACCCCAGCCCCAUCUCCCCAGGCCCAUCACCCCAACCAGAUCACCCCAACCCCAUCUCCCCAACCCCAUCACCCAUCCCCAUCACCCAGCCCCAUCUCCCCAACCCCAUCACCCAGCCUCAUCACCCAGCCCCAUCUCCCCAACCCCAUCUCCCCAGCCCCAUCACCCCAGCCCCAUCACCCCAGCCCCAUCUGCCCAGCCCCAUCACCCAGCCUCAUCACCCAGCCCCAUCUCCCCAACCCCAUCUCCCCAGCCCCAUCACCCCAGCCCCAUCACCCCAGCCCCAUCUGCCCAGCCCCAUCACCCCAGCCAGAUCUCCCCAGCCCCAUCUCUCCAGCCCCAUCACCCCAGCCCCAUCACCCCAACCAGAUCUCCCCAGCCCCAUCACCCCAGCCCCAUCACCCCAGCCGCAUCACCCCAACCAGAUCUCCCCAGCCCCAUCACCCCAGCCCCAUUACCCCAGCCAAAUCACCCCAGCCCCAUCACCCCAGCCCCAUCACCCCAACCAGAUCUCCCCAGCCCCAUAUCCCCAGCCCCAUCUCCCCAGGCCCAUCACCCCAGCCCCAUCUCCCCAGGCCCAUCACCCCAACCAGAUCACCCCCCAACCCCAUCUCCCCAACCCCAUCACCCAUCCCCAUCACCCAGCCCCAUCUCCCCAACCCCAUCACCCAUCCCCAUCACCCCAGCCCCAUCUCUCCAACCCCAUCACCCAGCCUCAUCACCCAGCCCCAUCUCCCCAACCCCAUCUCCCCAGCCCCAUCACCCCAGCCCCAUCACCCCAGCCCCAUCUGCCCAGCCCCAUCUCCCCAGCCCCAUCUCCCCAGCCCCAUCACCCCAGCCCCAUCUCCCCAGCCCCAUCACCCCAGCCCCAUCACCCCAGCCAGAUCUCCCCAGCCCCAUCACCCCAGCCCCAUCACCCCAGCCCCAUCACCCCAGCCCCAUCACCCCAACCAGAUCUCCCCAGCCCCAUCACCCCAGCCCCAUUACCCCAGCCCAAUCACCCCAGCCCCAUCACCCCAGCCCCAUCACCCCAACCAGAUCUCCCCAGCCCCAUCACCCCAGCCCCAUCACCCCAGCCCCAUCUCCCCAGCCCCAUCUCCCCAGCCCCAUCCCCCAGCCCCAUCUCCCCAGCCCCAUUACCCCAACCAGAUCUCCCCAGCCCCAUCUCCCCAGCCCCAUAUCCCCAGCCCCAUCACCCCAGCCCCAUCACCCCAGCCCCAUCACCCCAGCCCCCCCAUUACCCCAGCCCCAUCACCCCAGCCCCAUCACCCCAGCCCCAUCUUCCCAGCCCCAUCACCCCAGCCCCAUCAUCCCAGCCCCAUCUCCCCAGCCCCAUCAUCCCAGCCCCAUCUCCCCAGCCCCAUCACCCCAGCCCCAUCACCCCAGCCCCAUCAUCCCAGUCACAUCUCCCAAGCCCCAUCUCCCCAACCCCAUCACCCAGCCCCAACACCCCAACCCUGUCACCAGUCUCUCUCCAUCCCCUGCCCUCAUCCAGCACCAACUAUAA